AGAUACCUUAAAAAAAAACAAGGGGGCCGGAUACCUUCGCGGAUUUGGAAAAAAGUUUACCAAAAUGCCACAUAUCAAUUCGGCCCCGCGGCUCCGCGACCGUCGACGGCCGACGAGCGCCACCAGAAUGACGCCUCCGCCGCCGUCCAUCAUCGGAAAUGCUGCCUCCGACAAGCCAUCCUCAGGAUCCCACCAUUCCCGAACUGAUCUGCAAGUCCUACCGCACACACGGGAAGGGGGUGUGGCGGUGGCGGACAUGGCCAUUGGCGACCUCCACAUUCUCUCGCGUCCGCUCCCGUUUAAGGCCCAGUUCGUCCCCAAGGCGCUCCGCUUCCACCGCAACCUCGCCGCCACCGGGAAGGCCCAUUUUGAGACGCAGCGCAAACCGUCGUCGGUGGAUCCCUUCCCCAUUGCGCCAAUGAGACAGUGAUAUUG